AUGUCGGAAUUCCUGGAUGUCUACUGGCAGGCGCCGCCUGUUGCAAGAACAUUUGCGACAGCCGCUUUCGUCACGUCCUUGUCCGUCCUUUUGGGCAUCGUGAAGGCCUACUGGUUCAUCUUCCUGCCGGACUUCCUUUUCCAAUUCCCGCCUCAGAUAUGGCGAUUCGGGACCAACUUCCUGAUCACCGGCCCCCAGCUCGGCUUGCUCUUUGACACGUACUUCCUGUACACGUACCUCACUGCCCUCGAGGUCGGCAACCCCAGGUUCGCCAGACGCGAGGAUGUCAUAUGGUAUCUCAUGUUUGUGUGCACUGUCAUCACGCGGUUCCUGGAAAUGAGGAAGAUUACCCUCACGGCGCGACCAGUCCAUUUCGCUUUACAGGACUUGGCUUGUGGCGUGGGCGUGGUGGGAUGUCUUAAUGGAUGGCUCGUGUAA